CUGUCCAUAUUGUUUCAUUACUUCAUCCAGCCGGUCAGCUUGAUGUUUUGUGGUCAUCUAGGUAAAAGUGAACUUGCGUCUGUAGCCAUGGCCCUGUCGGUGAUAUACAUAAGCUGCAUAAGUAUCGGGAGAGGUUUAGCAUUCGGUGAAGAUACAUUUUUCUCGCAGACGUACGGGAGUACGAACAAAAAGAAGAUGGGUAUAUACUUGCAAAAGGGCCUUAUAUUCGGAAUAUUAUGCACUUUUUUUAUAUGGUCACUAAUCAUCAACACUGAAAAAAUAUUACUGCUUCUUAGGCAAGAGCCGGAAGUAGCUAGAAUGGCUCAACUUUACAUUGAAUAUUUUAUGCCCGGAGCUUUGGCAUAUUGUUGGAUAUUCACACUGAUGCGAUACCUACUGUGUCAAAACAGCGUCCUACCUAACCUCCUCAUCUGCAUGGCCAGUUGUGCCUUCAACGCUCUGCUACAUUAUCUGCUCGUUUACGUUGCCAGUCUAGGAAUUAGAGGUUCAGCGAUAUCCUUAGCGCUGACUUACUACAUCGUCCUCCUACUGCUCGUCUCCUACAUCUACUUCAGCGGCAUCUACCGAGAAACGUGGCCAGGCUGGAGCCGCGAAUGUCUUGAAAAUUGGAGCGAGUUCGGUAAAGUGGCUGUCUCAAGCAUCUUCAUGACUUUCAUCUUUUGGUUUUGCACUGAAGUCGGAACAUUUUUAGCCGGACUUUUGAGCGAACAGGACAUAAGUGCCUUUUCAAUUUGUUUUCAGGUCGAAGGUUUUGUCUGGAUGAUCCCACUGGGAAUAGGAAGCGCGAGUACAGCGAGGAUCGGUCAAUAUUUGGGAGCGAAAAAACCCAUGGGAGCUAUUACAACUUGUAGAGUUGCAUUGACUGUUCAAGGAGGCGUGUCGGUGCUAAUGGCGUCGGCUUGCUUUUUCCUCAGAUACUACAUCCCGAUGGCUUUUACUCAAAAUGAGGAGUUAAUAGACUUCACUGGUCGCAUUAUGCCCAUAGUAUCAAUAUUUUUACUUCUCGAAGGUUUUGGAGGCGUAGGAAUAAGUAUAGUACGAGGGACGGGCAGGCAGACAUUAGGAGCUGUCAUCAUCUUCAUCAGUUUCUACGUCUUCGCAUUGCCAAUUGGAAUCCCGCUGAUGUUCGUAACGAAUCUUGGACUAGCUGGUUUAUGGUGGGGCUACGUCAUCGGCAUUGGAGUUCAAAAUAUCUGCCUGUUUGCAUUCGUCGCCAGGAUGAAUUGGCAGAAAGAGACUGACCAGGUACAUUUCUGA